UUUACGGAAGUGACAUACUUCGAGCACCUGGUCGGGUGAUUUCUUCAUUUCGCAACUGUCAAAUACUUUCAGUGCAAAAUAUUGGAACAUUUAAGUCAAUAUACUAUUCGGUGUUGUGGAUUAAAGCUUCUUAUUUAACUUAUUUUGACAUCUGCAUAAGUUGUUAAACGUGUCUUUAUUUUGAAAUCAAACUUUGAAGAAGAAAUCGAGAUGGCGGCGGCUGAAAACGUGAAAGUUGCAGUUCGUGUGCGACCAUUUAAUUCACGCGAGACUGCAAGAAAUGCAACCCUCAUCAUUGCCAUGAAUGGCAACUCUACAGAAAUAAAGAAUCCUGAGGACUUGAAUAGUGAACCCAAGAGAUUUGCAUUUGAUCAUUCCUACUGGUCACACAGUGAAUAUAAUGAGAGGUCAGAUGGCUAUUUGGAAGCUUCCGGAUCAAAAUAUGCUGACCAGCAAAGAGUAUUUGAUGACCUGGGUCGUGGUGUUCUUGACAAUGCAUGGAAGGGUUAUAACUGCUCCUUGUUCGCCUAUGGUCAGACGGGAUCUGGAAAGUCAUACUCUAUGGUGGGCUAUGGGUCCAACAAGGGUAUUGUACCAAUUUUCUGUGAUGAGAUAUUUAAGGGUAUUGAAGAGAAAAGGAAAACUGCAGGAAAAGAUGAGGAUUAUCAGGUAUCUUUGAGUAUGUUGGAAAUUUAUAAUGAACAAGUGCGUGACUUGCUUAAUGCUAAAUCAAUGACUGUGAAAGGAGGCCUCAAGGUCAGACAGCAUCCAUCCAAAGGAUUCUACGUUGAGAAUCUGACAGCAUGUGGUGUCAACAGUUAUAAAGAGAUUGAUGGUAAGAUCAAUGAUGGAACCAGAAACCGAACCGUUGCGGCCACCAACAUGAACGCUACCAGCAGUCGUGCCCACACAAUUGUUGCCAUCACAUUCACACAGAAACAGCCUAAUGAAACAGGACAAAGUAUGACAAGGACAUCAACAGUGAACUUGGUAGAUCUUGCUGGAAGUGAGAGGGCAGACUCUACAGGGGCUACAGGGGACAGACUUAAGGAAGGCUCAGCCAUCAACCAGUCCCUCAGUUCCCUAGGAAAUGUCAUUAAGGCUUUGGCUGACCAGUCCAUGGGGAAAAAGAAAGUUGUUGUUCCAUACAGAGACUCCACCUUGACAAGACUGCUACAGAAUGCCCUGGGUGGAAACAGCAAAACAAUUAUGAUUGCUGCAUUGAGUCCUGCUGAUAUUAACUAUGAGGAAACCUUGUCUACACUCAGAUUUGCCGACAGAGCAAAGGCCAUUAAAACGACAGCCACCAUCAACGAGAGCCCCACAGACAAACUCAUACGUGAACUGAGAGAGGAGAAUGCUAAGCUGAUGGAAAUGUUGAAGUCAGGAGGCGUGGUUAUGGCCCCUGCAGCUGGCAGUGGUGGAGGAUCUGAAGAGAUUGAAGAGAUGAAGAGGCAGAUGGAGGAGGAGUUACGUAAAAAGGAGGAGGAGCUUGAAAAUCUCACCAAGUCCUAUGAGCAGAGAAUGGCAGAGUCAGCACAGUCUGGAGGAUCGGGUACAGUGCAAAUGCACCAGAAGGAGGAAGGAGACAAGAAAGUUAUUCCACAUUUCUGGAACUUGAAUGAGGAUCCGGCCCUCACUGGCAUGAUAGUUCACUUUAUCAAACCAGGUAAAAACAGGUUAGGUAACAAGACUGCAUCCCCACCUCCAGAAAUACAGCUGAAUGGACUGAGCAUACAGAAAGACCAUUGUGAGAUUACCAACAAAGAUGGCAAUGUUGCUAUUAAACCAAGUCCAUCUGCACAAAUUAUGAUCAAUGGUGCCAAAAUUACCAAGGAAACCAAGCUCAGCCAUAAUGACAGAGUGUCAUUUGGACCAAACCACUUGUAUGUUUUCCACCACCCACAAGAUUAUGCCAAGAAGGUAAAUGCCGGGGAGAAAGUAGACACCCCAACAUUUGAUACCGCACAAGAGGAGAUCGCCAAACAAUCCGGACUGAUGACAGCUAGUGAUGGAACUUCUAAAGAUGAUCUACUGCUACAAGAAGAUUUGAUUCAGAUGUUACCAAUGGUGGGUGAGGCAACUGCUAUGGCUGAGGAACUAAAGAAAGGCGUCAAGUUUGAGAUAACUCUUGUAUCACCACAGGCCAGGGGCCAGAAGGACGGCAAGACUGAGGUGAUGGUAAAGAUGAUAGCUUUGGAUGGCAGUGGGAAUGAUUGGCUGUGGGACAGAAACAAGUUCAUAAACAGGAAGUUCCUCAUGCAAGAAAUGUACCAGAACUAUGUGGAGGGUGAUGCUGACUGGGACGUCCCACAGGAUAAAGAUCCUUUUUGGGAACCAGCCGAUGUUGAGAAGCUGAUUGGUACCACUCAUGUCCUGCUGCAGUCAAUGGCGUACAAUAUAGACCUGGAGGAGAACCUCGUUAUCUCCGAUUACAAGGGUAACGAUCAAGGUCACCUUGACGUCGCUGUUGUACCAUGUACCAAAGAUUUCACACCUGUCCCAGAGGAUGAUUUUGUAGAAGAUCCAAAAGAAUUGAAAGGAAAACCAGUUUACUGUAAGAUUGUGAUAAAAUCAGCAAGAGGUCUACCAUCAAAUAUUGACAAGAGUUUCUGUAGAUACAAGUUUUACCUGGAUAAGGACUACACUCAGACAAAGGAGAUUGCUGGAACAAUCAACCCAGACUUCCAACAUGAGAAUAAGAUCACAGUCAAAUCUGCAACAGAACAGUUCAUUGAAUAUCUGAACUCUGAAUCUCUUUACAUUGAAGUCUGGGGAAGGCAGAAAGACAGAAUGGGCAGGGAAAAAACUGUAGUUGCACCAAAGGCUAAAGACAAGGGAGAUAAGAAAGGUGGUGUAUCCAAUGGCAACGCUGGAGCUCCAUUACCCCCAAUUGGUGAUAAUAAAGCAAAAGAAGAGGCAAAUAUGUACAAGAAACAAGCUGCUGAAUCAGACAAAAAACUGACUAGUAUCAAUGACUACCUGAAGAAGAGGAAGGCAAUGGGACAUGAUGCAAUGAGGAUGGAGGAUGUUGAAGCCCUGCUAGCAGGACGUGUACCACCAGGGCGCCCUGUUCAAACUCCGGCGACUAUUCAAGGAGGGGGAGGGGGUGAAGCUGAUGGCUCAAAAGCCUGUACCAUACAGUAGAAAUACAAAAACUCUCUACCAUACUGUUGACAACUCUGCUUUGAUUAAAAAACAUUUAUAUAUGAUAUUGAUCUGCAAUGUGAAACCAAAUUACAGCUGAAGUUGAACUUUAUUAUAUACACAUAUAAAAACUUAUAACUACAAUAUUUGGGAAUGCUUCAAUUAACUUGAAUUCAGCGAGGAAAAAUCAAAUUGAUUAUCUAUAAUAGGUUAGUAUUGAAAUGCAAUACAUAUUGUGUAAUACUCUUAGUGUUUAAGCCAGUAGUAGAUGCAUUAGUAGGGUAUAUUUCCAAAGAAACUUUUCACUGGUAGAUGAAAUAAGAGACAUUCUCAGAGAAAAAUCAACUGAAAAACUUUUUAUACACACUAUGCAGGUUAUUUGUAUAUUUCAUUUGCAUAUGUACAUGUAUACAUUUUUGAAAAGGCAUUUUUUUCCUUUGGUUAAUUCAGACAAUCAAAAUUUAUUCAUAUUUAUUUUUUAUACAUACUAAUAAAAUUUGUAAAGGUUUUUUAUAGAUAAAACAUGAAAAUAUAUGUGAAUCUACAAAGUAUAUAGAUCCAAGCAUAAUUGGUUUGGAGGUUCUUUUUCACCAAGAGUUUUUUUUUGGAAAGUUUUUUUUUAUUUGUUUCUAACUGUGAUAUGUUGACAAUAACUACAACAGCAUUUGUUAUGGAACUGUACCAAAAUUUAAUUGGUGUUGAGCGUAUCAUAAUAUAGUAUACUUACUUGCCAUUUAAUUGUUAGAAAAGUAAACAUUUUACUAAAAUUGUUAAAAAAAUAAAUGCUUUACUAACUGCAGUGCAGAAUUAACCUACAAAUAAAUGUAUUUUUCUUUUAAAUUUUACUUUAUUUAGUUUUGCACAUGCAUUUUUGCGUAGUUUAUCUAAAUAUUACUACAUUGUACUAUAUUAUUUUCAUCUUUUUAUAAAUGAAAUUUUAUUUUUGUGACAAAAAACUUUUGCACCUAAUAAUACCAUUAAGAAAUUCUGCUCCACCUUUACCUGUUAGAUAAUGAUAAAGGUUACACACAAAAUAAGAAAUUCAAAAAAGUAUUUGUAUUAAAUGAAAGAUUUCUUUGUUGAUGUAACAUAAUUACAUGAAUUAUGUUAACAUUUUUUUUCAAUAUCUCAAGUGUCAAUCUCAAUAGCACAAAGCUGGUCUUUGUCUCGUACAUUUCUGAUUUCUGGCAAAUUGUGGCCUGUUAUAUAUAUCACUGUGUGAUGUUGUUUGUUUUACUUGUAAAAUCCGUCCUACUGUCUUUUGUUAAUGUUACUAUUUAUAGAUAUUUUUUUGUAUUUUUCUAAAACUGUGACCUCUCUUAUGAGGUUAUAUAAAUUAUUAAGGUUAUGUGUGACCUUUAUCAGAAAAGUCAUAUAGCAUUAUGAGAUACAAAUUGUUCUUAUUUGCAUUCUAUUUUUAAUAAUAAUGAAAAAAAAAUGAAAGAAAAUAACUUAAUCUUUGCUCAUUUUUAAGCCUGUUAACCAAGAUGGGUGCUCUUGGCUAUUUUUCCAUUGGACAUUUUGACUUAGUGUAAUUUUGUACAGGACAGCUAGGCAAGUGGACUAUUUGACUUAAAGUUAAAUUUUUCCCUCAACUAUUUGACCAGCCUUAAAUAUUGAAUGAAUAAUAAUAAUAUUGUAAGAAGAACUUUAUUCUUGUCACAUAUGGGAAUAUUUCCUAGGAAGAAGAUAGAAAAUUUCAUUUUUUAAACCAGCAGAAUUAGAUUUUAGAAGGUAUAUAUAUAUUGUGUAAUCUAUUAAAGGUAUCUGUGAUAUUCAUAUAUUAUAGGGAACAAGUUUGUUGUCAUUUGAUAUAUGUAAGUUUAUACGUAACUUUUCUUUUCAUGUAUUUUUUGUUUGUAUUUGAUUUUACAAAAUAACCAGUGUCUUACCUCAAUAUUUGAGAGAAUGUAACCAUUUAAUAUUGUUAUCGUUUUCUUUCUUUGCAUAAUUCUGUACACCAACUUUUGUCUCAUAGACAAGCCUGUACAUAUAGAUUAGAGAUGAAUCAUGUGAAGAAAAUAACAAGAUCAAAGAAACAUAAUUUCUUUUUUUGCAUUUGUUGAUGAAGUCAAACUCUUGGGUAAUGCACUUUUAUAUUUAAAAAGAAUAUUCAAUCAUUCACAUGCCGGUAUUCAUCGCAGAUAUUUUUUAUUACGAAAUGUUUACAUAUUUUCCCUCUUGUUUUAUUUUUCAAAAUGUUUGACAAUAAAAUGCACAUCUAUUUAAUUGAAGACUUUUCUAUGCACAAUUUUAAUUUCUUUGGUUGUUAUAAAGUGUAUAAAGCUAUAUCUGAUGAAAAAUAUUUACUGAAUUCAUUGACUGAAAAAAAAAAAAUAGUUUCCAUACAUCGAUUGUCGAUUUAUGUAAAAGUUGCAACAAGUAAUGUCAUAACCACCAUGAAUUUUGUAAUUUUGUAUAGAAUCUAUUAACAGAUUAAAAUGUUCUGAAAAAAAAAUUGUGCUGCUAUUUUAAGAAGGGUUUCAACUGUUUAGAAAUACUUUCGUGUACACAUCAUUAGCUCUUACUGAAAUAGAUUAAUAUUCUGCCAUUAUGAUACAGGUAUUGAAACAUUUUUUUUUUAUUCAGACAAAUCUGGUAAAUUUAAGGCAGCAUACGUGUUCCAGGCUAAAUAAGAAUCCAUCCGCUCUUUGAGACACUGGAGAGUACCGACCCCAGUGCAGCACAUACGGUAUAUUGCUUUAUACACUUUAUAUAACUGUUCUUCAUUUUAAUUCAAAUUUCGAAGAUAUAAUUUAUCAUUUUUGUCAUAAAUUACAGAAGUAUUGAUUCAUAUUGAUUGUAUUUUUUCAUGUUUUUCUAUUACACUUGUUAUGUAUAUAAAACGUGUGUUGUUUUAUUUUCAGGGGAAAGGGAUUUUUUUCUUUAACUCUGCCUUCUUUGAAUUUUUCUGUAUACUUUUUCUAAGGUCAGAAUUGAUACCUUAGGCUUAUAUAACAUGUAAAUUGGAAUCCAUUUUUUUAUGCAUGUGAAUAUGUUGUAGAAAUAAUUAAUUUAGAAAAGUCUCGGUAUGAGCAAUUUUUUUCAUUUUUUUCCCAAUUGGUCAGUAGUAGAAUUUUUGAGAGGCUCAAUAAGGGAUAAUGAUUAUUUGGAGGCUCAAUUAGGGAAACACAAACAUGCAAAUCAUGACUUAUUAGAGAAAUAUUACAGGUUUUGUUUUUAUUACUUUAGAGGUACAGAUUUCAGUUAAUAUUGAUAAAAUAAUUUAGGUUAGAAUUUUUAUACAGAACUACAUUCCGUCCUCGUUUAUUGAUCUACAUGUAUAUUUAUAUCCGUACUUUUCUGUACUUUUAUACCAUUCUUUUCUGCGAUAUUUGUAUGUUAUUAUUAAAAAAAGAUGUUGUUAAAGAUA